GCGCAAGCUUGCGCCGCAAGUAGAUGCGAUGCGAGUCUACGGCAGUCUCCAUAUAGUCUUAAGCAGUAUGGUCGCUUGUACAGUUUUCUAUGAGUGACAAGUAACGGUUUCUACAUUAAGAAAACUUCGAAUAAUGAUUUAUCAUAACUGAAGUGAACCGAAAUUGGUGUAAUGAUCAAAGAUAUGGCUGAUGAUGAGGCCAUACAGGCCACUAAUGAUGAUGCAAGUGAGUGUAAAAGAUAUGCUGUGCAACUUAGUUACUGGUCCGAUCCAUUUAUCAACUUUUUCGUAAAACAAACUGGUCGAAAAGCACCUGAAAUCAAUCGCGGUUACUAUGCGAGAGUAAAAGGAAUUGAGGUGUUCGUUGACAAAUUCCUUAAGCUAUCUGGUGAAGAAGGACAAAUUAUAAACUUGGGUGCUGGAUUUGAUACACUUUAUUGGAGACUUAAGGAAACAGGAAAGAGUCCAGCAAAUUUUAUAGAACUUGAUUUUCCUAGCAUUACUGCUAGAAAAUGUUAUCACAUCAAAAAACAUAAACAAUUGAUAGAUAUGUUAAAUACAGAAGAUGGAGAAAUUAGGUUUUCAACAACAGAUCUACAUGCUGCCAAUUAUCAUUUGGUGGGAAUAGAUCUGCGGCACAUAUCUGAACUUAUUAAUAAAUUAACACAAGCAGAAGUUAAUUUUAAUCUUCCAACCAUGUUCCUUGCAGAAUGUGUUUUAGUGUAUAUAGACACUAGUGCAGCUUCUGCAUUGUUAAAAUGGCUUGCUGGAAAAUUUCCAAAUAGUAUUUUUGUUAAUUAUGAACAAGUGAACAUGAAAGAUAAAUUUGGUCAAGUUAUGUUGUCUAAUUUACGUAGUCGUGGAUGUUUGUUAGCAGGUGUAGAAGAUUGUGAAUCUUUGGAAACUCAACAAAGACGCUUUAUAAUAAACAGUUGGGAAGGCUCUAAUGCAUGGACAAUGGUAGAAGUCUAUGAUUCACUGCCUCAAGAUGAUCGUAGUCGAAUCGAACAUAUAGAAAUGUUGGAUGAGCGAGAACUUUUAGUUCAAUUAUUGCAACAUUAUUGUAUCUCAGUUGCUUGGAAUGGACAAACAUUUAAAAAUUUGUCUAUAGCACAGGGUUAGCUUUUCUAACUCUUAUAAGUUACUCCAGGUAGUGAUACUGUGUCAUUAAAAAUCUUUAAGCUUAUAAGUACAUAUGUGGUAACUAAUGAUACAAAAUCAUUGUUUAUUAUUAAAAUGAAUAAGUUUUAAUCAUAAA